AUGGCUACGCUAGGAAGGUGGUCUCUAAACGUCUUGCGAAAACCUGUUAUUUCCACGUGCUCCAGAAGGACUAUAGUGACAGUGAAAAAUAAUAAUAAGUUCCGUGUAGUUUCUACAAUAUGUGCGUGUGCAGUGGGAGGAGGAUUAGCGUAUUACAUCACGAAGAGAGCAAUGAAAAUGAACGCUGUCCACGCCUUCAAGCCAAAGAAGCUCGACUAAAACGCAGAGUUCUAAAUGACAAAGAUUUGGAAAGUAUUAGAGAUGUGACACCAUCAUUGAAGCAAGGAACUUCUCAAAUGUUUCGCACCCUUCGUGACAAAGGCAUCAUUUCUUACACUGAAUAUUUAUUUCUGCUAUCUAUUCUCACAAAACCUCAGUCUGGCUUCAGAAUAGCGUUUAAUAUGUUUGACACAGAUGGCAAUGAAAGAGUUGACAAAAAUGAGUUUCUUGUGCUAAUGAAAAUUGUGUCAGCCACUGUGAGAGAUUACCUUAUGCAGACAAAAACACCACAAUCUGGUGGCAAACUGCCAAAACCAAUUGAAAUACCGGAUCCAAGUCAAACUCUUAUGGAAAAAAUAUUUAGUCAUGCAUGGAAAGGAAAAAGAGGUUUAACGGCUGUUGAGGACAAAAAGCCACAUCCCAUCCAUGAAGAUUAUGUAGAUGAUGAGCAAGGGCUCCAGAGAAGACAUGUUGUAGAUACAACCCUCAUUGUUCAUUUCUUUGGCAAGAAAGGCAGAGAUGAAUUGAGAUAUGAAGGUUUCAAGAAGUUUAUGGAGAAUCUACAAGUAGAAGUUUUAGAGCUGGAAUUUCACGAGUUUUCAAAGGGUCAUGACACAAUUUCUGAAGUGGAUUUUGCCAGGAUAUUACUCCGUUACACAUAUCUAGAUACUGAUGAAUAUGACAUGUAUUUGGACCGUCUACUCAACCGCAUAAGAGAUGAGAAAGGCAUCACGUUUGAAGAGUUCAGAGUAUUCUGCCAAUUCUUAAAUAAUCUAGAAGAUUUUACAAUAGCAAUGAGGAUGUACACAUUAGCUGAUCACCCUAUUUCAAAAGAGGAAUUUCAUCGUGCUGUAAAAAUUUGCACUGGUACAAGCUUGAGCAAACACAUAGUGCAUACAGUUUUCCAGUUAUUUGAUGAAGAUGGUGAUGGACAACUCAGUUACAGAGAAUUCAUUGCUAUUAUGAAAGAUCGGCAGCAUAGAGGUUUUAAGUCCUACGCAAAGAAUGAAGGCUGGGAAGCAUUCAAAACAUGUGUCAAACAAGAAAUGAAGUCUCCAAUGUAGGAUGACCCUGAGAACAACUCGUAGCUUGCAGUUAUAUUUCUUGCUUACAAUUGUUAUCAAUAAAAUUUAUAUUUGAGAUUCACCUUUGAAACUAUUUAUGAGAUCAUGUUAAAGUUAAUAUUUUUUAUUGUACAUGGAAUUGAAAAUAUUUUGUUUGAAUGUGUUUGAAUUUAUUAGCUUUACAAAUUAAUAUGUUUAAUUCUGUACAGUAUAAAAUAAUGAUCAUGUUGAUAAUCAUUCUGUGUACAUUAAUGUUCAUAAAUCUCAAAUACAAUCUGUUACAAAUUUGCUGUGUAUAGAUAUAUUUAAAAAAUUCAUGAACUAUUCUUAGUAUAUUUUAUUUGGAUUCAGAAAUGAAUUAUAAAUUUCAAAUAUGGUCUAUUGUUAAUUUAUGAUAAAUUUGAAUUUUUCAAAUCUUUUACAAUUUAAACAUUUCCUAUGGUAAAUUGUUUUACAGAUGCACACUUAUUUGGAUAUAAGUGUACUUCUGAGAGGUAGAGAAGUUUAUGGUUUUCUUCCAUGCUCCCGUUAUUUUCGAAGUUUGGUUUGAUUGUUUAAAAUAGUACCUAUGGCCAAUGGCAACAAACAAAGGUACUACUUAUUAUUUUUUCAUGUUGUAUAUUUUCCAUUCACUUACUGUUUACUCUAAACACCUGUUUCACUUUCAACAAUGUAAUUCAACUGAAAUUCAUUUCAAAAACCAAUUCAGUAAGUAUAAGUAUUUGUUUGUUUUGGCAUUCAGGUUUCUUUUUGAUUAUUUAUGGAAUUGCUGUACAAUUUAAAUAUACAGACACUUACUUAAAUUAGAGAGAAAAGGAUAUUCCGUCAUUUAGUUAGUAGCGGCUGUCAGAUUCUUAGAAAAGAACAUGUUAUUUUUGAUUAGGAAAUUACAUUCUUGUGGAAUUUAAAAAAAUGUAAACUUCUUAAGUAAACAAAAUUGAAAAUAGACUAUAAAAAUAAUAUGAAUUAAUGAAUAAUACAAUAAUGACUGUUUUAAUAAAAACAUUAAACUCUACAUAUUAACAAUAAAAUUAAAAAUAUUUCAUAUAUUUCACCUACUAGAUAAUUUGUAGUUUCAAGGUAACUGUUACCCGGCGAUGGGAAUAUGAAAAACUGUAACGUCAGUGGGAACUUUGGGUCAAAUAGAUCCGCUAAAUAUUAGAAGCUUUUUGAAGCACCUAUAAAUUACACAAAUAUUUUAUUAUGAUGUAGAAGGUGCUAAUAAAUCAUUGAUCUGUUAUAAAGCCCAAAAUAUAGCCCAAUUUUUUAAAAGUUUCUGACUAGUAAAAAGAAAUAAAAUUAAUAUUGAUACUGAAAAUGAAGUAAGAAAAUGUAGCAUUAAGUUAAUCACUGCAAUAUUUACAAAAUAUGUUUGCAUUACUUAAACAAACUUUAUGGGAGCAUAUUUUACAGAAGUAUUUUUUACAAUAAUAUUGACCCAUCAAGAACUUAAGCGGGAAUAACCCAUCACGUUUUAUGUCAAACUCAAACUAAUGGUUAUCAUUUGUUCAGGAAGAUUCAGUUUUAAGAUAGACUGGUGGCUGAGUUAUGAACUAAUUUUGUUCACUUAGUGGACUGCUCCAAAAACAUCACUGGAUCAUUUAGACCCAACAUUUCCACUGCCGGGAUAAAUGCAUUUAUCCACUUUGAAUAUCUGAAGUGAAGCCUUGUGAAAUUAUAAUUAGAACACAAGAGUUAUAAUUAUGCUUUACGGUCUGUCUGUGAAAUAAUUAUUAUUAGAACACAAGUGUUAUAAUUAUGCUUGACCUCCUAUUAAUACUGUCUGUCACCUUUUCCAUGAAGAAUAAUCAAGUUACAAAAAAUUAUAGUACAUUUGAAAUAAGGCAAAGUGGAUAAAAUAUUGCAUGAUAUUCUAAUCAUGAUAUUCUCAAUUGAAAGGGAGAGAAUUAUAAGGUACUGUGUUUUUGUGACUUUACAAUGAAAACAAGGUUUGUAAAUUCUGUAUCUCACUGAAUACCUACUAUAAAAAUGUUUGAGAUAUAUUUAACUUUGUUUUUUCUUGUUUAAAAUAUUUUUUAUUGUAAUCUUGUUCCUGCAGGUUAUGUGGAAAUUUAGAAGGGUAUUCAUUAUAAAAUAGUUACAUCUACACAUUGAUAUAUAUUUUUUCCAGGCAUAUUCAAGUAAGUUCAGAAAAACUAAAAGUAGUAUUAAAGUAAAUUUAUUGUUUUAUGUAGCUAGCUCGAUAUUCCAAAGGAGUUCAAAUCCUCCUUUUUAUCAUGAUCAACAUUUUCUUCAGAAAACAGCAAUUUUUAAGUAAACUCUGUGAAGUCAAUGACAACUUUACCACUCAUUGAACUUGAAAUAGAUUAUCACAUUUAACUUUCUUCAUUAAUUUGAACCAAUUUCAAACCACAUGAAUAUCAUUUACUUGAGUUCUUUUUAAUUUUUAAUGUGACUGAAGUCCCCGUCAUAAAGAAGAAAUGUAUGUCUGCUAACAAGAAAUCUUUGGCCUGUGUCACACGAGCGUUGCGUUGACGCGCAAUAAGACUACGACUAAGUUUCUACGACACGCGUUAUUUAACGCCCGUCAACGCAACGCUGUUGGGCAGACGCCUUUAGUCUGCAAAUCCUGGCUGAACUAGAUUUGUAUGGAUCACUGCCACCUUAUAUGGAACUCGCCACCUGGCUUGUUCUUCACUCCACAACACCAUACAGAAACCAUUUGAACAAACAGAGAAAUUCAUUAUAAAUCCAUAACUGUAUCUGUUAGAAAGCCUGAGGAAUUGCAUAGGCAAUGUUCGCUGCAUGCAAAGAUUUGUCAUUUUUUCCUUUUUUUUAUGCCUAUUUGUAACUUUUCAUGUCCUAAAUCUGCUUUUAGGACAUGUGAUUCCGUUUGGUUCAAAGGUUUUGCUUUAUCAGUGUUCUCUAAGUUUGGAUCAUUAAGUUAAUUUGCUACAAGUAACGCAUGAAUCUGAACGAGAUAGACCAAAGCUGUAGUUAAACUCGUGAAGAAAUAUAACUCUAUAUAACCAUUAUUUUACAGGCUCAUCUUCUUCUGCUGCUUACAUAUUAUACAUUUUUUAUAAAUUCAAAUCAUAAUUCCAAGUUCUGAAUCUAUUUUUUGAUUAGAAACUUCUUGUUUCUUUUACAUGUACACUUCAAACUCCUAACACUCAGUUGUAACGUGCUCCGCACGACAUCACUUUCGCGCCAUAAUCACAAGUAGUGCGUACAUAUAUUUCCUACUGAUGCUCUCAGAAAUAAUUCAUGCUUCCUAUUGAAUGUAGAAUGAAUAGUAAGGGGCCCUUCGCACGUAGACACUGCAUCGCGCUUUCGAACACCGCUGCUGAUAGCGAAGCUUUUGCUUAAAUGGAGGUCUCAAGUGCGGCGGAUUCGCGCUGCUGUGGCGUUCGGCGAUGGUCCCUCGCCACCAGCAGCCCGGAAGGGCGUACGCGCCACCGCUAGCAAAGUGUUGGUUUAAAUGGUGGUCUUCCCACUGGGACACUCGUCGCAACCUCCCGCGGUCUCUUUGUUCGUCGUGUCGAAGGGUCGGCGAAAUCACCCCUGUAGAACAAUCCCCUUUCCGCGGCGCGGGAAGUGCCACUUAUCGGAAGAAGUGUCUUGAUGUGAAGGGGCCCUAAGAUGCUACAGAAAGUGUGGUAGUGUGGGUCACGUCACAAAUAGGACCUUUAUAAUAUUUUGGCUCAAGGGGCUUCAAGAUCAUCAUUACCACAUUUGAUGGUCUUAGAUUGAUAGAAAAAAUGGCAGACCAUAUUCUACUCACAAUAGACAUUAAGAUAACAUGUUUAUAUCAAUUUUGUCAAAAUGCCAGAUAGUAGCCUACCCUUAUAAUUCUCAACUCUUCAAUUGAUUAUUAAGUUCGGCCUUAUGACAUUGUAUAAUACUCCAAUCCCAUAUUGUAGUAAUAUGUAAUACAAUACUUAUUUGGAAAUAAUAUAACGCAUUGCCUUUAUAUACCAUAACGCAAAAUGUAAAGAAGAUUACAAAACAAAUUUAAAUGUGUAAUUAGGACAUGUCUUAUUUAUCAAGAUUUCCUUAUUUAACCUACCUUCGAAC